AGAUAACUCGGUCUGGCGAUAGCUUCAGAUAACUCGGCCCAGGGGAUUGACGGAAACGACAAAGCUGAGAUUCUCGUACAGAUCCAAAUAUUGCGGGUGAUCUGAGAAAUGUCUCUACGGGAGGUUCCUCGGUCUGCACGACAUGUCCUGAGCAGGCUCUCGUGCUGGAAGCCAAGCGCGCCCAGCUUUCAAAGAUGUGCCUCAACGACGUCAUCCAAUGAGUCGGCCUCGGGCAUUGCAGACCUUGAGUCUGAGUCUGGAUUGAUGUCGCCUAUUGUUCAGCGGGAACAGGUCUCAGUGAUGGACCCAAGGAAAAGAGCAAGCCGCAGAAUACAAGAGCUACCCCACUCAAGAUACCGAUACGCGCCUCCAAAAUACUACAGAGGACCUUUGCAUCCUGUCCAACCGCCGCCUCAAUCCGACCCGGCAGCCCGCGACUUCGUACCUGGUCCCUUCAAUCUCCCGCGCCUGAAGCAAACAUUCCACUCCACCAUCGCCUCCGACAUCAUGACCCUCACCUAUAACCACGUCAUUCCCGGCACGCCCGCUAAGCCCGAGAGAAUCCGUCUGCGAGAAUGGGAUGAUUCGUCUCCAUACAUGGUAAACCGACCCAAGCGUGGACCGCGUGGAGCUGAGGUCCUGCUUCCCCUGGAAGACGAUAUUACCUUCCGUAACAUCCCGGAGAUCAAGGCUAUUCACCUGAACAUGUACACGCCCAAGGCCAAGAAGAACCCGGACCAUCUCCGUGUUGCCAGGGCAGUCAUGCAGACCAUCACGGGAGUCAGGCCCAUUGUAACCGCCACCAAGACGAGCGUAGCACAGUGGGGCAUUGUGAAGGGUGAUCGGACCGGUGUCCAGGCUUCGGUGUAUGGGAACCAGGCAUAUGAGUUUAUAGACAAGGUCAUUCAUCUAGUCUUCCCAAAAAUCAAGGAGUGGCAGGGUAUAUCAGGCACGACCGGUGACGGUGCGGGAAAUCUGGGUUGGGGUUUCGAAAAUACUGAGAUGAUGUACUUUCCAGAAGUAGAGGCCAACUACUCAAUGUAUCCCACCAAGAUGAUCCCGGGCUGUCACAUCAAGGUUGAGACUACCGCUAAGUCUGACAGACAUGCUAGACUACUACUGCAAUCUCUAGGCAUACCAUUUUAUGGUAAAUUGGUGGACUAGACUACGCACGAAUUCCUGACAGGAGCCGCUGUAUAUAUAAGAUUUGUAAAAAAGGGCACCAGUAUAGAGUGUAAGCCAUGUGUACAACA